GACGGAGAGAGAACGACGCUGUGUUCAAGCGACGGGACGAUCACCAGACCGACUGUCUUCAUCUUGUGACAGGCAACUGUUCAAAACACCAUACGUUUCAUUUCCCCUGCGGUUAUCUGAGACAUCCCAUACAUCGAAGCAAUCAUGCCUCUCCCAGCUACCCACGAGAUUCACGUUUUUGGCUCCCUCAAUGGUAUUGAGUUUGACAUGGUGGGCCGUGGCAGCGGCAACCCAAAAGAUGGUUCCCAGGAGCUACAAGUGAAGUCCACCAAGGGUUCCCUCCCGUUCUCUGCCCAAAUCCUCAUUCCCCACUUCGGGUACGGCUUCUACCAGUACCUGCCCUACCCUGACGGGAUGUCGCCUUUCCAGGCCGCCAUGCACGACGGCAAGGGGUACAAGGUUAGCCGCACAAUGAUGUUUCAAGACGGUGCCAUUAUGGAUGCCCAGUACCGCUACACCUACGAGGGAAGCCACAUCAAAGGAGAGAUGCAGGUGGUCGGGACCGGAUUCCCAGCUGAUGGCCCUGUGAUGACCAAGUCGCUCAAGGCUGCUGACUGGAAUGUGACCAAGAUGGUGUACCCUGACAACAAGACCAUCCGGGCCACCUAUGACUGGACAUACACCACUACCAGUGGGAAACGCUACCAGAGCUCGGUGCGGACCAACCACACCUUCGCCAGCCCGAUAGCCGCCAACAUCCUGCAGCAGGAGCCGAUGUUCGUGUUCCGUAAGACGGAGCUCAAGGGAAAUGCACAGGACACCGAAUUCACCUUCAGGGAGUUGCAGAAGGCCUUUAGCGAUUUGAUGUAAGCGUCCAGUGUGUAACAUUUGC